AUGAAUUAUGUAAUUGCCAAUCCUAAAAAAUCAUCCCAAAUUUUUAAGGAAAAAUAUAUUAAUAAAACUGAUGUUAAGUUUAAUAACCCUGAUAAGAAGUAUAAGAUUCUGGAUGAUGGAGAGUACAGCAAUGCAGACACUUUUAUUAACCAUCCAGAAACUCCUACUACUCAUACAACUAAAAAUAAUGAUAAUCACAAAACACAUGACUUUUGCCUUGAUGAAUUUGCAAUGAAUUAUGCAAAGAAAUAUGUAACUUCAAUAGUUACCAAUUUUAAAAAAGAAGAAGUAGAAUCAAUUUGGAUCUCAUUAACAGAUGAUAAUGAAAACACUGAUUAUGAGUUAAAUAGUAAUAGUAGAAAUAUGGAAAAUCAAUGUGUAAUCAUUGACAUUAUUAAUAGUAUAAUAUAG